GAUUAAGAGAGAGAGAGGAGAUUGGAAGGCUCCAGUAUAUAUAUGUAUGCAUGUCCAAGCACCACGAAGCCCAUAGCUUACCAUCAUCUAAUGGCAAGACAAAAAAACUCUUCUCUGUGGUUUCUCCUUCUCAGUCUCAUCUGCAGUCUGCUCAGCACCCACAGUACUGCAGCAGCUUCCGAGGAUGAUGUUCGAAAGGAGUAUAUUGUGUACAUGGGUGCCAAGCCUGCCGGAGAUUUCUCGGCGUCUGUCAUUCACACCAACAUGCUGGAGCAAGUCUUUGGCAGCGAUAGGGCAUCAAGUUCUUUAGUCCGCAGUUACAAAAGGAGUUUCAAUGGAUUUGUAGCAAAGCUAACAGAGGAUGAAAUGCAGCAAAUGAAAGGCAUGGACGGGGUGGUCUCGGUUUUCCCUAGCGAAAAGAAACAGCUCCACACAACUCGGUCGUGGGAUUUCGUGGGGUUUCCCCGACAAGUUAAAAGAACAAGUGUUGAAAGCGACAUUAUCAUAGGAGUGCUUGACGGUGGAAUAUGGCCCGAGUCUGACAGCUUCGAUGAUAAAGGAUUUGGCCCACCGCCAAGGAAAUGGAAGGGCACUUGCCAAGGGUUUUCCAAUUUCACUUGCAACAAUAAAAUUAUUGGAGCCAAGUACUAUAAGAGUGAUAGAAAAUUUAGCCCAGAAGAUUUGCAAUCCCCAAGAGAUUCAGACGGCCACGGGACACACACUGCAUCCACUGCAGCUGGGGGCCUAGUCAACAUGGCAAGUCUCAUGGGCUUUGGCUUAGGGACUGCUCGGGGCGGAGUUCCAUCAGCUCGGAUAGCAGUGUAUAAGAUAUGUUGGUCUGAUGGCUGUGAUGAUGCUGAUAUUCUCGCAGCAUUUGAUGAUGCAAUUGCUGAUGGGGUUGAUAUAAUCUCUUAUUCACUUGGGAAUCCCCCUUCCCAGGAUUAUUUUAAAGAUACUGCUGCAAUCGGUGCUUUUCAUGCAAUGAAAAAUGGGAUACUAACAUCAACUUCUGCUGGUAACGAUGGACCUCGCCUUGUUUCCGUCGUAAGUGUCUCGCCAUGGUCUCUUUCCGUGGCUGCUAGCACCAUAGAUCGGAAGUUCUUGACCGAGGUGCAACUAGGUGACAGGAAGGUUUAUAAGGGAUUUUCGAUAAACGCAUUUGAGCCCAAUGGCAUGUAUCCUUUGAUUUAUGGUGGGGAUGCCCCGAAUACUAGAGGAGGUUUUAGAGGGAACACAUCCAGGUUUUGCGAAAAAAACUCAUUGAACCCAAAUUUAGUGAAGGGUAAAAUUGUCCUUUGCAUUGGGCUUGGCGCUGGGCUUGAAGAAACAUCGAAUGCAUUCUUGGCAGGUGCCGUUGGGACUGUGAUAGUGGAUGGACUCCGAUUCCCCAAAGAUUCCAGCUAUAUUUAUCCCUUGCCUGCAUCUCGCCUUGGUGCAGGAGAUGGUAAAAGAAUUGCCUACUACAUCAGCUCAACAAGUAACCCAACUGCAUCGAUUUUGAAGAGUAUUGAGGUUAAGGACACAUUGGCCCCAUAUGUACCCUCCUUCUCAUCAAGGGGUCCAAACAAUAUUACACACGACCUUCUCAAGCCAGAUUUAACAGCCCCAGGUGUACACAUUCUGGCUGCCUGGUCACCAAUUUCUCCAAUCUCUCAAAUGAGUGGUGAUAAUCGAGUAGCGCAAUACAAUAUAUUAAGCGGCACGUCAAUGGCUUGUCCACAUGCUACUGGGGCAGCUGCCUACAUCAAGUCAUUUCACCCCACCUGGUCUCCUGCUGCUAUUAAGUCUGCUCUUAUGACUACUGCUACUCCCAUGAGCGCUAGAAAAAAUCCGGAAGCCGAAUUUGCAUAUGGUGCAGGCAAUAUUGAUCCUGUAAGGGCUGUGCACCCUGGUUUAGUGUAUGAUGCCGAUGAGAUUGACUUUGUAAAUUUUUUGUGUGGAGAAGGCUAUAGUUUUCAGACUCUACGGAAAGUCACCGGGGAUCAUAGUGCCUGUUCGAAAGCUACGAAUGGAGCCGUUUGGGAUCUAAAUUACCCUUCUUUUGCGCUUUCCACCUCCAACAAAGAAUCCAUCGCUCGCACAUUCCACAGGAGUGUCACAAACGUUGGAUCACCGAUGUCUACAUAUAAAGCAAUUGUUAUAGGUGCCCCAAAGGGACUCAAAAUCAACGUUAAACCAAACAUUUUAUCAUUCACAUCCAUCGGGCAGAAACUUUCUUUUGUGUUGAAGGUUAAUGGACGGAUGGUUGAAGACAUAGUCUCUGCUUCGUUAGUGUGGGAUGACGGUUUACAUAAAGUGAGGUCCCCCAUUAUUGUGUAUGCAGUCCAAUAAAAUUCCAAAAGCCUGGUGUUUUGUAGCAGAAGCAUCGGAAUUGUGGUAUCUAUCAUGUUGAACUAAAUGAUGUGGUAUCUAUAUAAGAUGGAAAUAAAUGAUAAUAUUUAGUAUCGGUUGUAUUACCUGUC